AUACAAAACUAUAUAUAUAUAAGGAAACUGACUUUGUUAGUGAACGGACCUGAAUAGAAGAGUAUCGAAGGAAUGCUGGGUAGAGUUUACCUUAUGACAACUUACACUGAAAAGAAACUAAUCAAAUAUAAGCAAACAUUCACUUCUAUUUCAGUCUACAAGGGGACAUAGUCUCUACUCAAUUUAGUUUUUCUUUCUGAUCGAUGUCGGAUAUAUUAUAGAGACAUGAAGUUACCUGUUUACUCUGGACUUCUCCUGGUGGCUUCGGUUGUUAUUUGUGGGGGUCAGAUACUUAUCAAAACGAAGGUGAGUGUGGACUCGCCAACAGAGUUUUGGGGGACUGCUAAGGCUGUCCAGUUUAACGGCACGUCUUACGUGGUGGCCAGUUUCCGGGGGAUACAGUACGCUGUAGCUCCCGUAGGAGAAAAAAGAUUUGCCAAACCGGAACCCUACGUAUUCAAUACGAACACAUACAACGCGACUCAGUUUAAGAACAUUUGCCACCAGCCAAAAACGAAUGACACUUGUCAGAGAAGCUACACCAUGGACGAAGAUUGCUUGUAUCUCAACAUAUACUCCCCGGUGCCGACCCUGACUGUUUCAGAUGUGACCAACUCCACAGCGAAUGCGACACUGCCAGAUGCUUCCAACUCCUCGAGGGCUGUCCUGGUGUUUAUCCACGGGGGUGGCUGGUACGAAGGGAACGGAAACUGCUACGACGCGUCUGUUGUGUCGGCCUACGGCGACAUCGUGGUAGUGACAUUCAACUACAGGCUCGGCGCCUUGGGUUUUCUUUCCACAGACGACGGGAACAUCAUGGGAAAUCUCGGGCUGUUUGACCAACGUGAAGCUUUGAACUGGAUCAGCAAGUACAUCUGGUUGUUCGGCGGCGACCCUUCUAGAGUAACUAUCAGUGGGCAGUCGGCAGGUGGUAUCAGUGCAUUGUUGCAAGGGUUAUAUCCCCAGAACGACAAACUAUUCAGCAGGAUAAUUUCACAGAGCGGCAACCCUGCAGCGCCUAAAAGCGUCACGAAGUCUUUGUACAGCACAUCUCUUCAGUUAGCCCAGAUGCUGGGUUGUAAUGUGUCAGGGGAAGGAAGAGGACUUGAGAUCAAGGCGUGCCUCAUGAAAGUUAAUGCUUCCAGUUUCUCCCAAACUGUUGUUCCUCUCAGUCUUCCCAUGUCCCUCGUGUAUGAGCCGUCUGUUGACGGGGACAUGGUCGCAGUGGAUACGUUUGAUCUAUUUCAAUCAUCUCUGAAAUCUAGCAGCAAAGUUUUGCCAGACAGUUUCCUCAAUAAAGAUCUCCUGGUGGGCUAUACUGCAGACGACGGAGAAGUGAUUUAUAGGCUCAGGGCCUUAAUCAGAUCGAAUGAAGCUAAAAACACGACAAUGCUAAAGGAGGCUAUUACCUCGCCAAUUAGUAUGUCUACAUUGACAAACAUCAUAACCGAAUUCUUUAUCGACUCUUUCAACGAUACCAUAGACGAUCUGAUCCUUCAGGCAGUCCUGGAUCGAUACGUCGAUUGGGGAAAGUUAUCCGAUACUUACUCUAUAGGCUACCAAACGAUAAAGUUGCUCACAGACAUUGAGUUUGCUAUUCCUAUUUUGAAUAUUGCCUUGGGAUCCUCCUUGGCACGCGACGCUAACUCUAGCUUCACGGGAAAGACAUACGUCUACAGAUUGAAUCUUCCAAUCACAAAUAAGUAUUAUUUAAAUAGCAACUUGCCGUGGUUUAAAGGCACCUCCCAUUCUGACGAUAUCCCUUUUCUCUUCGGUAACGUCAAUGACAGCAACUCGUAUGACAUCUCAAAGUCUGUGAUGACAUAUUGGUCGAACUUUGUCAAAACUGGAAAUCCCAACCUCCAAGUCUGGAACCAAACAACUACAAAUGUAGCCACGAACUGGACAGUCUUUUCAACAAUCGACAAAUCAUAUCUGGACAUUUCCUCCCCUUCUGUAAUGAAGCAACAGCUGGCCUCUGAGAAUCAACACUUCUGGGGUGAAUUUCUGCCCAGACUAGUAUCCAGACUGAUUAGUAGCGCUGAGGAGUCAACAACGACCACGUCUCCUAAGGCGUGUCCGAGUGCAAACAGUGGGGCAACCCUAACGCUGACUUCUAGUUUCUUGAUAAUAUUUUUAGUUUUGUCGUUCUUAGCUUCUCCCUAAACUAUCUCAUGUAGGCCAGAGGCGUAGCUAGGGUGGAGGAGGGAGGGGGAGAAUUUGAAAAUCCCCCCCGGGACCACUUCAGGGGAGCCCCCAAAUGAGUGAUUUUACAUUAAAUAUUAAAUAUUACGCAAAAUGCAGGGGCCCCCAAAGAGUUCAAGUCCCCCGGGCCGCCAAAUGAUGGCCAAUUCCUAAUUACGCCAUUGAUGUAGGCCUUAUGUAAACUUUGUGUCUGUUGUCUUUAUAUCAUCCUCCUUACAGAUGAAGUCGUUAUGUACUUCUAUAGAAACGUGACGUUUCAAACGUGACUCCCCCCAACCCCCGUGUUUUUGUUUUCGCUAGACGUUUCACGCUGGGAAUUGUCUAAUAAAUUAGAAACAAAAAUAAAAUAACUUUUAGUAAAUACAUUCCUUUAUAGAACAUUUUUACAUUACCUCUAUUCAAUUUGUAACUUCGUUAAAACUUUAAAUAAAACCUAAAUUCUGGGUUGGUGGACGCAAUUCUCGAAAACGGUCCAAAUGAUUUUCCCAGAAAUUUGUGUAUCGUUGGGGAAAGAA